AUGACUCAAUACUACGACGACACUGGAAUCAGAGACGCUUUGGAAAGAUUCCGUCCUGAAGUUGUCCAAAGAAACGUGCUCAAAAGAUUCAUUACCGAGAAUCCGAUUUCGAAGCAACGCAUGAUUGCCACGUCCCGUACAGCAUCCGAGACCCGCUUUCUCUUCCAUUCAAAAGACACCGCUCUUUUGCACGUCAUGGACUCCAGUAUAUUUUCCAAGAAACAAUCGAAAUCUCAUGAAGAAUACAAUCGUUGGAAGUACGUCAUGGAUGAGUGGAAGAACACAAUUGACUGCCAAGUCGAACAUGAAGAAACGCAAGAUUUGAAGUGGAGAAAGCCACUUUGGUAUGCCUUAGCAUUCAUUCUUGCCUCAAAGGAUAGGUCGAUCAACAGUAUGCCACCUGAAGCCCUCCUACACAGCACAUGGAUGACCCUUUUGGGUAUGACUUCGUCAAGUGGUCUUUUCCCUGGGCUCUUGACGAGCAGUCGUACCCCUAUGGAAUUCGAAGAGGAAACUUACCGUGACACUUACUGGCAGACGACCUUCGAAGUUCCGCAUAUUCUUUGGAGAUGCGGCAAAGGAAAGGUGACAAAAUUCACCUCUACAGACGGCUUUCCACUUCCACGCAUGCCUCAAAACGACCAGGAGAUCAGCAGCUCUAAACGGAAAAGCGGUUUCAUGGCGAAAAAGCUGCAAUUUGCCAAUUCAAACAAAUUCAUUGACCCCAAAGGUCUCGUGGAGAUAUCGGACGAUUGGCUUCAGCAGGGACCACAAGCUUUGAAAUUUGGGCUAGAUCCUGGAUUCCUGCGUUUUGAAGGUCCGAACAAAUCAAAUCCAGUGAUAAGGAAAGUCAAAAUCUUCCCUCAUUGCUCGGAAGAGCUGGUAUCGGCUGCUUUGGAUGCCUAUCACUUGGAAUCAAAGGACGAGAAAAUGGCAACCUUGUUCACGAGUGAGCAAAAUGCAAACUCAUUCACGGAUGAGAAAAGAGUCAAAGGCCGUGUCGUCGAUGUCCCUCGAGGUGCCAAGGGGGCAAGAGGGGGAUUGGACAGUAACCUUCAGAAUAACAGAGAACUUGCGGUACGACUCGGACAGCAGCGCGAUGUCCAAUCCGCAAAGAAACGCUUCAUAUGGUUGCCCAAGGCCGACAGAGAGACUGCAUUGAUUUGUUGUCUUGCGUCUCCUCCUGACGAACAGUACUAUCUAUCAGCAUUCUUCGACAGACAUGCGCUCUACGACAAGUAUUUCUCCGAUGAAACAUCAGUGACGUUGAACGAGUGGAAGACUGAGUUCCAGCUUUCAUUCUAUCGCCUUGCUGGGUUUGCCGAGCCUGAUGACUUCCACGAAGAGGAGGGAAUACCCAAGUUCAGUUAUGUCGUUGCUCAUUCCACAGCUGUGCGAAAGGGAGCCGUCAACCCAAAGGCAAAACCAGAUAUGGCUACGGGUAUUGUGCGUGCCGCUAUGGGAUUCAGGUUUGUGGGGGACUUUUUUGACCGAUAUUGGACCUGCCACUUCCUCGAAUAUAUACCGGGAAAUCCACCACCAAAAAAGACACCGAACGAAGACACCACCAUGGAGAGGUCAAACGCCGUUGAGCCAUGUUCUGAACAUGCUUCCGGGAGCGACCCGAAAGUUGCUCCCACAAUCAUGGAAUCUAUCACACAAGAGAAGUACAUACAGAGCCAACUGACAGAUCCUCAAACUGGCAAAACGAAGUAUCCGUGGCAGCAGCGGAAAGUCCUUGAACUCCUUCUGUUUGACCAGAUACUUCUUCAUAUCGAGAAAGAAACGGAAGAUAUAUUCAACUGGGCUCGAGUUAGCGUGUUGAAAGCUUCCGGGGCUACAAAUGGAGCAGAAUCUAAAUAUUCGACGAAGAAGGCACAAGAGAGUGUACUAGGCGUACACGGGGCCGACGACAGCGCCCAGCCUUACAAGAUGGCCGCAUCUGAUCCUCUCAACCCUCUUUCCGAGGCCAUCGAUAGCGCUUACCAGUUUGUUGAAUUGGGCGACAGUGAAGGAUAUUUCAACGUCAUAGGCCGCUGGAGAUUGUUCGAAGAGAUUCUCCAAACCUUGGGAGAAGAUCUCACCGAAAACUUGGAGAGGAUUGAAGAGUGGAGCAGGCGUGAAGAAGACCGUGUUCCGGAGAGCCCGAGAUGGACAAGAAAUGAUGAAAGACUUUUCCGAAACACGAUGAACAAACUUCGUGUUCAAAACCAAAGAAAGAUACGGAAUCUGGAGAGGUUGAAUGCGAGGAUCAAAACGUUCCGAGAUUCGUUGACUGGACGUUUGGAGUCCAUCCGAGAAGAUAUGAGCUUUAGAGGCUCGGAGAAUAUGUCAUUGUUCACAUAUGUCACUGUUAUCUUCCUUCCUCUUGGAUUUGCUACUGGUAUCUUCAGCAUGAAUGAGGCUCCGGGAAAUCCAACGCUCACCUUUAUGAUUGCAACGGCCAUCACCUCGCUAUCAAUUACCGUGUUCGCACUGGCCAACGCCAAACAUCUUAGAAAGAAUAUCGUGGAGCCGCUGAUUGAAUUCGUUCAGAGCGUUGGGAGACCUGUGAUAUCCAUAGUCCUCGUCCCAUGUCUGUUCAUGGUUUACUGUGUCCAAGCAGUGCUCCAUCCGGUCUACCAUCGUAUCUACGAACAUACGCCCGAACCCACACGGAAUUUCUUAGGAAGGCAAGAGUAUUUGCAAACCUACAGAAAGAAUCUCCGUCCGAUGCGAGAUUUCGACUGGAUAACAAAGGUUCACGAAUGGUUUGAGGAGGGUAAGAAGAAGAGGGAAGAGAAGAAAAAUGCGAAUGACCCUGAAGGUCAGCAGAUUUCACGUGAAACCGCUCAAGGGCCUAACACUCAGCCUCCAUGA